GAUUUCCUUCUGUAAAAACUACCCUUCCUGAGUUGGAACGAAAAACCUUUGUAAAACUAUCUGUGUCAUUCUCAUCUCAACUGUCAACUUUAGCAGCGACUUGCCGAGAAGGGACGAUAGUGGUAAGAGCAGCCCUAGUGGAAAUCUUGCCCCUCCAAGUCGCAACGAUCAAGCUUCCUUGAGGAGAGGAUUGUUCAAAAAGAAGGAAAAGACAUCGCAUGACUCGAUGCUGAAGAGCGGAGCGGAUGACUCGGAUGCGGAUUCGUCGCCCUCAACUCCUCGCACGAUUUCGUCCAUCGAUGACAGCCUCUCACCUUUAGUGUCCGCAGCCAUGUUGAAGAAGAAAAGUGCACCGAAACUUCAUUUCGCAUUCAAUCUGCUAAAAUCUUCCAAGCAGGAGAAUAACGACGACGAUUGCUCGGAUUCAGAAACCGCCGAUGAAUUCGGAGUGAGCACUACUCAAGGAAAUAUCCGCCUUUACAAUGUGAUAGUACCCGCUCCGAAAUGGUUGGAUAUUAAGGGAAUUUUCGAGGGAGUGCGGCGAUUCGCGUUUUUGCUGGAAACCACCAGGCCAGGAACUUUCCCUGAUCCACCGCUUAUUGCUGCUCUCUUGAAUUUGGUGAAUCUGAUGAUGUCGAAUUACUUCAAAUAUUAUACUCGGAAAAAAGACUAA